AUCCGGGAGGGCUCGUUAACUGUUUCGUUCAAUUAAAAUAUUGCAAUCCCUGAUUGAAAAGAGGAUGCGGGUGUGUCAACAGCGUUAGUGGGAGGUUUUUACUUUGAGAACAGCUGUGUAGCAGUCCUAGGCUAUAUCGCCCACAGUACCAGCGGCGUUUGUCAGAAGUACAUUAGAAACUGCACAUCAGUUUGGUUUCGUCUCUUGAUACUUUGUGCACAUAGACCCACGUGGCAGUUUUGACUCGCUCGCAGUGAAAGAUCUAAACUCUCCCUUGGCGCUAUUCAUAUGAAAUGCCACACAGUGAUCACUCUGCUUCUGCACCCUGAUCCCACGGAUAUUAAUAAUAGCUCCUGACUCUGACUACCAGUCUGCAGCUCCAUCUAGAAAUAAAAUAAAAUACAACAUACAAUAUAUACAUAGGAAAAUAAUGGAAAGAAUAUCGCCAUCCGCGUUGAUCUGGCUUUUAAUAGCAGUCGUGUUCUGCUAUGUUGAUGUUUCUGCAAUUCAAGCCUCAAUCUCUCCAGAUGUCACUCCAGCCCUGACGACCAGCCCGUCGGUGGAGAGCACGAUUGCGGAGGGACUGAUCUCUACAAGCCCCCCGCUGCCUCCAGCUGCAUCACACAUGACCCUCCCGGCAGAGAGUCCAUCAACCACCGUACAGAGCACAGACACACUGGCCAGCCCAGCCAGCGAUAUCGAGAGACAGGCCAGCACCGGGACAUCACUGAACAGCAGCACUACACCCCCCAGAGCCAACGAGACCCUCCCCACGCUGCCUGAGCUCAGAACCAACGAGACCUUCCCCGCGCUACCUGAGCUCAGAACCAACGAGACCCUCCCUGCGCUGCCUGAGCUCAGAACCAACGAGACCCUCCCUGCGCUGCCUGAGCUCAGAACCAACGAGACCCUCCCUGCGCUGCCUGAGCUCAGAACCAACGAGACCCUCCCUGCGCUGCCUGAGCUCAGCCCCAUGGCUAACGGGACAGAGGGGAACACGAGCUUGGAGAGUGCAGCAGAAUCAACACAAGAGCCGGCCACAACAUUAACACCCUCCCAGGAAUCGGAAGCUUCCACAGGCAGCCUGGAAUAUCCCCCUCAGUCAGCAACCCCCGCUAACGUGACGCUGGGAGCCAAGUCCCCAAAGACUUCAGAGAGCCCAGCGGAGAUCCCAGCUUCCCCCAGUUCAGCAGCCCCCACCAUCCCCACCCUGCCACCCACAGCCCCCCCAGCACGAGAGACCAGCCGCCCCCACACCCCUGGAGCCUCCACCAGCACCCCCGCACCCCCCGCCAAACUGAACCAGGUCUCGCCCCCGGUCUUCGAUAUUGGAGACGACCAGAGCGUAGUGUCUGCUCAGAGCCCUGCCAGCACAUCCAUGGAGCCCCUAGUGGCUGGUCUCAUCUCCCUCUUCAUCAUCGCGCUCGGCCUGGUCUCCACCCUCCUGUACCUCAGGUUCCAGCAGCGCUGCGUCCGCCCAGAGUUCCGGCGCCUCCAAGACCUGCCCAUGGAUGACAUGAUGGAGGACACCCCACUGUCCCUCUACAGCUACUGACUGGUCCCCACCGCCACAGCUACACGCCGCCCUUUCCAGAAUGCACACGAUUAGUCAUGUAGAAAAAAGAAGUGCUGAUGAUGACGAUGAACAUGCUUAUUUUCUUAUAGCACAGCCCGUAUUUUCAGGCUAGCCUCAACCGACUGUAUGUAUUAAAUAAACAGUGCUCUGCAGGGAUUUUAAAAGACCUGCCUGUCCUGACCAGGACCCUAGGAGGUGCCCUGGAUCUUCUGCCAAAGUGCACCCCUCACGACACUGUCACCGCUACCCUGCUCUGAAGAACCGCCUCGUAUCUGCCCUCUCCUGCAGUGUUCUGUUUUGGUAAACGCCACUGAAAAAAGAGCUGCUUAUUAAAGGUUUUUAAAUGAACGAAUGUAAAGGGGAUGGCCGGGGGAGCGAUGGGAAUAGGAUGUGUUGCCUUCCCCAGCCCUUGCUGUGUUCAGACUGUUUUGGGGUGUAAGAGUGAAGCAAGCACUGUGGCAGGGACUGGAGAACCCCCUCUCUCCCCCUUUGGAAGAGCUUCCCCCAGGGCAGGGCAGUGUUGAGGCACAUGGAUUAGUGUUUGCUAGAAGCACCCUUCAACCUGCACCCAAAAGUGUUCCAGACUGACCAUGUGAGAUAUUGCCAACAAGCGUGUGCCAUUUUCUUUUUUCAAGGUAAAGCCUGUGCAGGUGUUUUGACAGUUUAGUGCUUUAAAAAGCUGUUGGGCACUGGAACAGGCCUGGGAAAGGGCUGUGUGCGGUUAUUUUAUAUUGGAUGCUGGUUGUUGAUGCACUUUUUUCUUUUUUUUUCUUUCUAUGACGCUUCUCUGUGCCUGCCGUUUUUUUUUUUUUUUUAAAGAUUUUUGGGAGCAAAGUCUCCAUGCUGAAGAUGGAUCUUCUUUUUUCUUUCUCUUCCCUGCAAAACUUUGUUCUUUCUUUUCUGUAAGAUUUAAUAAGAAAAUACAGUGCUUUUUCUCAAGGAUGUUGGUUUUUUGUCUGCUGGGAAAGUCCUUGCAAAACUACCCUCUCCCCAGGAAUUUUUUUUUUUUUUUUUCCAACCCAUUCACUUUGAAGAGCUUCUUUUGUAGAGAAAUUUUAGUUGUAGAUCGUACAUUUCUGUGUGCAUUAAAACGGGGAGGAGGUAUAAAAGGAGCAGAAGAUUUUUUGAUAUGUAUAUAUUUUUAUUUUUUCAUAUGAAUACAAAAUUGUAGUUCUGCUUGAGUGAAUAGAGGAGCGUUUUUGUUUCCUGUAUUAGUAAUAGAUUGCAAAAAGGACACACACAACGAACACCCUGUCAGUUAUUAUUAUUAUUUGUUUAUUUAGCAGACGCCUUUAUCCAAGGCGACUUACAGAAACUAGGGUGUGUGAACUAUGCAUCAGCUGCAGAGUCACUUACAAUUACGUCUCACCCGAAAGACGGAGCACAAGGAGGUUAAGUGACUUGCUCAGGGUCACACAAUGAGUCAGUGGCUGAGGUGGGAUUUGAACCGGGGACCUCCUGGUUACAAGCCCUUUUCUUUAACCACUGGACCACACAGCCUCCUAGUUGGCAUGGCUAUUGUGUUUGGGUGAUGUGCUUCUGUUAUUGGCAAUGCUGACCCCUGCAGGCGAUUCAAGACCAGCACCCCAACUUUUAUAAAUGAGCCCCCCCCCCCACACACACACACACCACCCCUUCAGUUAGCAUCAGAUGCUCAAGUCCAGGGGCUGUUAGUUUGAGCUUUGAGCUCAGGCCCCAGAUUGUCAUCAUCGCUCCUGAGUGCAGAGAGGACAGAGUUCAUCUCUUCCCCCUCCCCCCUCCUUCGACCGGGGCGUUCAUAGCCUGGGGUGCAGAGACGCACGAUCAGAGAGGAUCGGAGAUUAGGAAAGGGGUUUAUAGAAAAAGAAUCAAAGGCCUGUUUGCUGUGCUGAAGCAGAGGGUGUGGAGGCAAGCAAACUCCCAUUCAAGUUGAGCCACUAUUUGAGUUGCUAUGCAGUUUGGGGCUGGAGGGGGGAUUCUGUUCUCUCGAUGAUUAAGUGUGCUUUACUUUUUUAAAAGUUUCUUUCAUCACUCCUUGUUUAGAUCAUUGAAACAAUCUCUUUGGUUUUCUCUUCUCAUGAUGAAGUCUCGAAGUUGGCCUCCUUCCCUCCUCCUGUUUGUACUUUUGCUUCGCUCUGCUUUUGCAUUUAAGAAACGUUUGUCUUUUGCUGUAAAUUGUGCCUGCUCUUGCUCAGAGAUUCGAGGGGACUGCACUUUAUAGUUUCCUUUUUGUUUGUUUAUGUAAUGUAAAAGUAAUGCACUUUGAAUUGCAGUUUCCUGCCUUGUACUGUAAGCCCAAAGAAACCAUUAAGAAUGGGUUACAGGAUUAAAUAAAAUUAAAACUGGCAAACAA